UAUAGACGCCACUGGCGGAACAAGAAACAGCACUUGCCAUGGCUGAACUCGAGCGUCUCAACAUCUCCUGCAACCUGACACGCACGCCGGCGCCGCUGCGCCCUUCGUGCGAUCCGCCACCGACCCUCCUCGCCGCGCUGGUGGUACUUGUCUUCUGGCUUUGGGGGAACCUGCACCUGCCCCCUUUGCCUGACGGGGCGCCCGACCCCGACCAGAUCCCGGCGAUUCCAGAGGACGCUGACGAGGCUGAGGUGGAAGCCGCUGCCAUACCUCCCGAUGGCGCUGGCACGCCUCCUCGAAGCGAGCGCGAGCCGUACGGCGACGGCGGGGGCGCCUCAAGCAGCGGCAGACAGGAAGCAGCCCCGGCCGCGGCUGCACACUUCCGGAGGGAUCCGUCGUCAAUCCGGUACCAGGAAGCAGAAGGCGCCGCUGCCCUCCCUCCAGCUGGUACGCCUCCCCGAGGCGAGCGCGAGCCCUACGGCGCCGGCGGGGGCGCCUCAUGCAGCGACAGGCAGGAAGCAGCCCCGGCCGCGGCUGCACAAUUCCGGAGGGAUCCGUCGUCAAUCCGGUACCUGGAAGCAGCAGGCGCCGCUGCCCUCCCUCCCGCUGGCAAGCCCUACGGCGCCGGCGGGGCCGCCUCGAGCAGCGGCAGACACGAAGCAACCUCGGCUGUGGCUGCACACUUCCGGAGGAAUCCGUCAAUCACGUACCAUGAAGUAGCAGGCGCCGACUCCGUGGACAUGAUCCGAGGAGGCUCGUGCGAGUGCGAUGCAGGGGCUUGUGUGGAAGUGGAACGCCGAGCCUUCGUCCAUGCUACAUUCGACAGAUCUGGUGAGGCUGCUGGUAUCCUUCAGAAGAUGGUGGAUGGUUUUGGGACAAUACUUCUCAGCGCAGAUGACGUCGAAGAAUCCACAAUUCAUCUAGCAAACAGACAUCUCGUUGAAGCUCUGGAAUCAGCACAUGCCAUCGGAUGCACGGCUGAUUUUCUCUCUCAGAUGCUUGACGGCUGGGGCUGUAAGCUGGAGGGGGAUGCGCGAAGGAUAUGGCAGGGUGAAAAGUGUAGAGAAUACAUUUUCCUGUUCAGCAAUGCAUAUGAUGUUUUGCUGAUUAUGCGUGGUCGAGGAGCAACCUUUUCAAACGUAGAACUAGAGACUAGGCUCAGUGCGAUGUUCCGUCGAUACAAGACCAGCUACUUGGAUGAGUGCUGGGCGCCUCUGAUGAACUACCUAGACCGUUUGGAUAAGUUUAGUGAUGAAUUUUGUAUCAUCUGCAGACGUCAGAUGACACUGAAGGUUAAUGCUAACCUCAGGUACAAGCUACGGAAAGAGAUUGUGGGUUUGAUUGUUCCACAGUACCAGGUUUCAUUCUUGGCCCAGAGGAAGAAUCAGAGUCGCCUCUCACGGGCGCUACAUUGCCGAAAGCGAGUCAUGGCAGGAAAACAAAAGAUGUGCACUGCCGAGGAAUUGGAAAUGGUGAUAAAUGAUUUGUUUGAAGGAUGAUCUGAACCUAGUCCUAGGGCACCGGUUUACUCAUUUGUUCUAGUUCUAACGUCCAAACGUUCCACGUGUAUAUACAUUUUGAGGCGAAUUGCAUUGUGUGUAUAUAUAAUUCUUUUAUC